UCUUCUUCUACAAAUGCUUCCAAACAGCAAGACGAGUUUCAACAUUCUCUCAUGGCUCCACCGUGGGUUCAAGAGCUCCAAAUUCCUCACAUAGACAUCCCCAUCACUAUUGACCGUAUGGUUCCAAUCAUGCCGGCAGGCCCUAUUCCUGCUGCCGAUGGCGAUUCCCUUUACCUAUCUAACCUCGACGAUGUCAUCGGAGCCCGUGUUUUCACUCCAACUGUCUACUUUUACCAGUUGGACAGCUUCAACUCCAGCGUGCCUGUAAUGGAAAUGCUUGGAGAAGCACUUUCCCUUGUUUUGGUUCCUUAUUACCCUUUUUCAGGCAGGCUCAGAGAAACCAAAAAUGGGAAGGUGGAAGUGUUCUUUGGACCAGAACAAGGAGCUCUAAUGGUAGAAGCUCACUCUGAAAUAACAUUGGACAGUUUAGGAAACAUAACGGUUCCAAAUCCGGCAUGGGAAUCAUUGAUCUUCAAGUUCCCAAAUGAGGAACCAUACAAAGUACUCGAGAUGCCAUUGCUCAUAGCACAAGUGACCCUUUUCAAAUGCGGGGGGUUCAGCUUAGGCUUGAGGCUCUGCCAUUGCAUCUGUGACGGCCUCGGCGCGAUGCAGUUCCUCAGCGCCUGGGCUGCCACGGCUAAAUCAGGAACACUGACAACCAACCCACACCCCUGUUGGGAACGAGAGUUUUUCAAGCCUCGUGACCCACCAAUUGUGAAAUUCCCCCACGUCGAGUUCAUGAAAAUUGACGAUGGCUCGAGCUUGACGAUGUCCCUCUGGAAAUCAAAACCCGUUCAAAGAUGUUACCGUAUCAGCCGCGAGUUCCAACUCUGGCUGAAAUUCCACGCCCAACCAGACGACAUGUCGGCUUGCUCGACCUUCGACGCCAUGGCCGCUCAUAUUUGGAGGUCAUGGGUAGAGGCGCUCGAUGUAAAACCAGUGGAUUACACACUCCGGCUAACGUUUUCAGUGAAUGCUCGACAGAAACUGAAAAACCCCCCAUUGAAGAACGGGUUCUACGGCAAUGUGCUCUGUCUCCCCUGCGUCACGAGCACCGUAUCGGAGCUUGUGAAUGACAAUCUCUCGAAGACGACCCGAUUGGUCCGUGAGGCAAGGAACGGCGUGUCGGAGGAAUAUGUGAAAUCGACGGUAGAUUACAUUGAAGUAGAUAGGCCGAGAAGAUUGGAAUUUGGAGGGAAAUUGACGAUCACGCAGUGGACUAGGUUUUCGAUCUAUGAAUCUGCGGAUUUUGGAUGGGGACGGCCAGUAUAUGCCGGCCCGAUCGAUCUGUCUCCAACGCCGCAGGUUUGUGUGUUCUUGCCGGAAGGGGCGACGGAAUCAAACGGCUCAAUGCUGGUCUGCAUUUGCUUGCCGGAAAAUGCUACCCAGAAAUUCACAGAGUUGUUGUGUAGGGUGAUGAUGGAUUAAGAUUUAGAGUCUAAUCGAACUAUUGAGAUGUAUUGUAAUACUCCAUAUUUGUGAUUCCGUCUCGUUCCAAAUCAUGGUUCGAAUUCUUAUAACUGUUUUUUUUUUUUUU